AUGUUGGCUGAGGUGCUGGACGCGCCGAGGAUGUCCAAGACGACGAUGCCCGGGCGAGAGAGGGACACUUCGUCGUCGGGGACAAUCGAGACCGACAUGCCCUCCGGACCCCUCAGUGGGCCUUCCAACACCACCUGGCGCAGGAACCGUCUCCUCCGUAUUGGCGCAGAGUCGCCUGCAAACGAAUUGCUCGACGAGUCUGCCCCACUCACCCAGCGGCGACCCGGUCUGCGCAUGCACCACUCAUCCUAUGGCACUCUGCCUCUCUCCAACCAGGCAAACUCCUCUGCUCGACCGUCAUUUCGCACUCGUCACGACGCCAAGACGAACGGCGUGCGCGUCUGGUACUCAUCGUUUUCCUCGAUUGACUGGCUCCACGACGCCAUUAAAGACUCUGCGCGUCUGUACCGUCUGAGGAGGCGAAAAUCAUUCCGCGGCCGUGCUCGCAACGCCUUUGACAGGUCGAUCGGCUGGCUCAUCGUCUCCAUCGUCGGAUUCCUCACAGCGAUCGCUGCAUUCCUCAUCGUCCGUGCGGAGCAGUGGUUGUUUGAUAUCAAGGAUGGCUACUGCGGCGAGGGGUGGUGGAGGGCGAAGCGCUUCUGCUGUCAGCUUGUUGAUGAGGACGAUCUGCUCCGCCUAGUCGCUGUGGCGGGCCCAGCCGACGCAUGUCGUGCUUGGAAGUCCUGGGGCCAACUUCUCACCAAACGUGACACGGAGGAUGCCACUGAGGAAGCUAUCGAAUACGUCGCCUACGCUGCCUUUGCUCUCCUGCUCGCACUCGUUUCGUCCUUGCUCACAAUUUGGCUAACCGCAUCCACAUCGUUUGUCACUCGCAAAGACUCGGGCGUUCUCUCUCCCGAUUUUGACAGCGAUGCGAAAAACGCGGCUAGACACACGGAUCCUCCAACGAAGCGCAAGGUCAUGUACUAUGCUGCAGGGAGCGGCAUUCCAGAAAUCAAGACCAUCUUGUCGGGUUUCGUGAUUCACGGCUACCUCGGCGGACGCACCCUGUUCACCAAGUCGAUCGGGCUUGCGCUCUCGGUUGCAUCAGGCCUAUCGCUGGGCAAGGAGGGCCCGUUCGUGCACAUCGCGAGUUGUAUCGGCAACAUCGUCAGCCGGUACUUUGCCAAGUACGAAAACAACGAAGGAAAACGCCGAGAGAUACUGAGUGCCGCAAGCGCUGCGGGUGUUGCCGUUGCAUUCGGUGCGCCGAUCGGCGGUGUGCUGUUCAGCUUGGAAGAGGUAUCGUACUUCUUCCCUCCCAAAGUCAUGUGGCGAAGUUUCUUCUGCGCGAUGAUCGCGGCCAUCACGCUGCGCUUUUUGGACCCGUUUGGAACUGGAAAGCUGGUGCUCUUCCAAGUGACGUACGACAAGGACUGGCACGCGUAUGAGUUGAUCCCGUUCCUCCUCCUGGGCGUUUUCGGUGGCGUGUACGGCGCGUACUUUUCGAAGCUGAACUAUCGGUGGAGUCGCGACGUCCGGAACAAGACGUGGAUGAAGACGCACCCGGUCGCGGAGGUGCUGUUGAUCACGAGCGUGACGACGGUGCUCUGCUUCCUGAACCCGUACACGCGCAUGGGCGGCACGGAGCUCGUGUACAACCUGUUCGCCGAGUGCCGCACGGGCUCGGCCAACACGCACUCGGGGCUCUGCGUGCUCGGGCCAGGGACGCCCGUGUGGCCCAUCGUGCGCGCGAUCGCGACCGCGCUCGUCGUCAAGGCCGCGCUCACGGUCGUGACGUUCGGGAUCAAGGUGCCGGCGGGGAUCUUCAUCCCGACGCUCGGCGUUGGCGCGUGCGCGGGGCGCAUCAUGGGCAUCGGCGUGCAGUGGGCGCAGUGGCGCUGGCCGGGCGCGGCGGUGUUCGCGGUGUGCGGGGGCAACCUGGACUGCGUGAUCCCGGGGCUGUACGCGAUGGUGGGCGCGGCGGCGGCGCUGUCGGGCGUGACGCGGACGACGGUGUCGUUGGCGGUGAUCAUGUUCGAGCUGACGGACACGCUGACGUACGCGGUGCCGGUGAUGCUGUCCGUGCUGGUGGCGAAGACGGUGGCGGACGCGCUGGAGCCCAAGGGGAUCUACGACUUGGUGAUCGAUCUCGCGCAGCUGCCGUACCUCGAUGCGAAGCACGAGUACCUCUGGGGCGGCCUGCAGAUCAACGACGUGAUGGACCGCGAGGUGGACGUGAUCCGUGUGGACGACACGACGGUCAAGGGGCUGCGCGACCAGCUCUUGGCGCUUGUCGGCGCGGGCGACGCCGACGGCGGGUUCCCGAUCUUGCGGCAGGACGAGGGUGGCUCGCGCAUGGUGGGCUUCAUCGGCGCGAGCGAGCUCGAGCACGCGCUCAGUAUCGUGGCGGACGAGGCGGACAGCGCGGUGCAUUUCCAGCGGGAGAGGCGGUUCGGGUUCGGCGAGGUCUCGUCGUCGUCCAUCUCGUCGCUCACGACGGCCGAGGUGGGCCGGGCGGCGGUCGACCCGUUCGAUUUUAGCGUGUACAUGGACCAGGCGCCGUUGACGGUGCAGGUAAAUUCGCCGCUGGAGGUCGUGCACCAGUUCUUCGUGAAGCUGGGGGCGCGGUACGUCGUCGUCUUGGACGCGGACGGCUACUACGAGGGUGUCAUCGACAAGAAGACGUGGCUCGCGUUCUUGGGCGGGAUCGAGGAGCGCUCGGCGUGAGAUGCGGCGGCGCGAGCGUGGUAAGUGUGCUCGAGCAGCUCGACCGCUGCGGAGCUUUCUUUGUGGGUUUUCUUUUUCCACAGCUGUACAGGAUGGAGGAUGGAGGCGCGUUUGCGUUCACGUCAUACCCUUGUUUUUUUUUUCUUUGUUUUCGAUUGGCGGGCACGCACUUGCUGUUCUCUCUUCUGUGGACCGUAUCGUCAUCAUUGGAGGCUAGUCCUGCCGGACACGCACGUCACACACAUAUGUACAUCAAUCCACGUUUUUAUUUGAAUAUCGUUGUGAUC